UAAACAUCCCAUAAUCCCUGACAACAACAACCCCUCCGGUGGCUUCCUGGCGCUGUCAAGCCGGGGACGCGGGAAGGCUCUCGCCGCUAGCCGGACUGGCGGUCUCACCUGACAGGUUGCGUUUCUUUCCCUUGUUGUGGCUGCCGUUUUUGUCGUUGAAUCGCAAGCUCUCCUCUCCCCCGACCUUCUCCUUGCUCCUCUCGAUUCUCGGCGACUUCCAGGCGGCGCGCUCCCUGCCCUCCUUCUCCGUAUCAUCCCCCAGACUCGUCGACUGCGAGUCCGCCAUCUUUGACCGAAGGGGUUUCUCAGCCGCUGCCGGGGACAGUGCGUCCCGGCGUGACGUCAUUACGCCCGUAGUGCCUCAGCGGGGUCGCCAGGGGUCGCCACGAACUCUUGAAACUGUUUACUUUUAUUAAUGUUCAUGGGUUUUUUUUAAAAUAGUCCAUUUCACAUUUUGUUUUCUGCAAAACAAGCCUUUUCUUUUUAAAUGACAGGGACAGGGACAAUUUACUCGAAACAAUAAUAGUUUGUGCUUUUUGAAUCACAGUCUUCAACACGUCCCCUUUUUGAGUUUUCAAACGGAGAAACGAAAUGAAGUGUAACCUUCAGAGUUGAAAUGAGCCACAUGUGUCAUUCUGACACAAAUUAACCAUGCUGGUAUGGUUUUUAUAAGGUCACCAAUUAUAUGAUGCACUUUUAAAGGUUAUUUAUUGAUUUAUAGCCUUUGUUCGGAUACUGGGCUGAAAAAAGAGGACCAGGAGCAGGCAGGAAGGAUUGAGUUUCUCCAAGUAAGGGAUCCCUUUGACCGCCGUAUAUUUGGUUUCUCCUCCCCAAUUACUCAUAGAAGAUACGCCUCUCACUUGGAUUAACAUUAUGACCAUUCGAUUUCUAAUUUAGCUCAUAUACAGUAAACUCAUGGUGGUGGAGGGGGGCUCUGCGCGGUCGCUCCCCGGCGUCGUGAGCCCUCUCCCGGGGCGACAUGGGCUAGCUGUGGUAGGAUGCCGUCGCUGUGGAAACGGAUAAGCUUCUCGGGCGCCUCGGUGCUCUGUGUCGGCUCCGUGGCCCUGCUGCUUGUGGCCCUGUCCACGGAGCGAUGGGUCACCGGACGCAUCUUGUGCAAAACGGGGGCGGAGAUCGUCAACGCGUCCAACCCGGAGUUGGAUCUGUUUACCGGGGACGUAUACUAUGGUCUGUUCCGGGGAGGGAAGACGAAGAAGUGUGGACUCGGGACCAGACGCUCCAAAAUUCACAUCUUCCCGAAGCUUGUGCGCACUCUGAACGGCGGACUUCACGUGAUGGUCAUCCUCUUCCUGCUGGCAGCUGUGUGCUUCGCGGUGGUCAGCCUGUCCUUCAGCAUUUACAACGCACGCAGAGUCCCCUACCAGAGCAUCAAGGGUCACAAGGGACUGUACCUGUGGAACGUCAUUGCCGCGCUGUUCGGCACCCUGGCAGUGCUCUGUUUCCUGGCGGCCAUGAGGCACCACGACCUCACAGAGCGUGUGGCCAACUACCGGGAGAACCUCUUUGUCCUGGUCGUCCUGGACGACAGCGUGGACUGGUCCUUCUGGCUGAGCGUCGCCAGCGUGGCGACUCACCUCGCCGUCUGCGGCGUGGUGGCGAUGAGUCGCAUCAAGCUGCCGAAACCGGAGGUCAAGAUGCCCGAGGAGCCCACCAUCUCAGCUCUGGACCUGCUCUACUGACCAAUAAGAUGGUGCCAGUGAUGUGUUUUUUGCUGAUUUGUUGUCGUAGAUGCGACGUAGAUUUCCUUCUGGAAUAAUGCCAAGUACUUCAGACGAGGAAUCACAACAACCACUGGCGAUGGACGACUUUUCCUGCUGCUGUUUGUGGAAAUGAACUGUGAGAGACCCGCAUCAGUGAUGGAAAGGCUACACUGUGACCACAAAAACGAUGCACACAGAGGCCAAUCAGUGUUUUCAUGGCGAGUGUCACAACUCUGCAUUGAGAUGGUGACGUAUGUAGAAAUGAGUAGUAGUUAGACAAUAGAAAACUGUUUAGGACUUUUUAAACACAAUCACACAAUGAAAUAACUUUCACUUUAGUGCGGCCUGGUUGCUAAGCGUCGCCUGGUUUCGCUCGCAUUUGGUGACGUCAUACCUGGUGUUCACACUUGCCUUACUCGGGACUCGAGUCCGCUGGCAGGCCGACUGAGACCCAUCUCCCAGGAGGUUCGGGCCGCCUGUUUGUUUCGGUCUUGGGUUGGGUGGACUGCACUCACACUUGACUAAACAAACUGUACCAGCAGAGUCUGUUUUAACCCGACCAAAAAUGGCCAGGGUGAAGUAGGGUUGCCAAUAGGCCUGUCACAAUAAAAAAAUUUGCUGGUCGAUAAUUGUGCUACAAAUAAUCGUCGAUAAUCAAUAUUAUCGUCAUUUUUUCAUUAUAUUUAUUGUCAUGAGAGGUGUAAUUCACAUGUGAACCACUAUAUGGUACUCAAGUAUAGUGUACCUGUGUGAGCCACAUUAGCCGCCUGUAUAGACCCUGUCUCUGCCAAGAAAAAAAAAAUACACACACACACGCAGUCAUGCAGUGCAUUGCCAAACCAAUGCAGGGCGUCACACCCGAGCCGAACCACACAUCUGUAGCGGUGGAGCGUAAUGCAAUGUUGCCGAUUGUCCUUCAGCACCUCCUCCUCCACUCGGCCACACAGCUCAGGAGCCGCUGCCCGCGACAUGCACAUGCACGUCCUCGCUGGCAACUCCCACCGCCCGCCAAACACCUCCAACAUCUCCUAAAAUGCUGGCCCCUCAACUGCACCGAAAGGCUGCACAUCCCCUGCAAUGCAACAAGCGACACCGUCAGUGGCCGCGCACCACCCCUAUACAUUCACUUCGCCAAUCAAACACCCCAGCAAGCACCGACCACCGGGGCGAAGGCCCUGCUGCACGUCCACACUGGAACUGUGGCAUUCGGCUUAGAAACUAUCACUUUUGUGCCUUCAUUCAUAUUAGCUUUUGAUUGCUAACUGCUAGCACUCUGUCUGUGUAUCCACUCACUAGUAGCCUCGCCUCCACGUACUGGGACAAAGAGUCUGAAUAGCUGAAUAAGAGGAGGGCUCACUCUCUCCGUUCAUUCCACUAUCUAACCAAUGUGCAUAGACACAUGCAGAGUGAACCCUCUUGUCAUCCGUUCUGUGUGGCACAGCAAGACGAGAAAAAGGAACAGGCAUACGUAGAUGCACAUGUCAAUUUAUAGAGGCCGUCAAAAUGAUCAACUUUGUUUUUUUGAGCGUUCAAUUAAUCGAUUGAUGGAUUAUUGUGACAGGCCUAGUUGCCAACUUCCUGAAAGAUAAAUAAGGGACACCCAGUUUGGACACUGAUUGUUUUUUUUUUCCCUUUAUUUGUGGGAAACAAAUUUUGUGCUAUUUGACACAAACUGGAACUGAAUUUGAUGCAUAUUUUAGAAUUAGUUAGAGUUCAACAGUUGUGAAAGAAUGUGUUUCUAUUGCUGUGAAGGUUUUAUGAAAAUGUACUAAACGCUCACACGUUUUCACGUGUGAGAAUGUGAUGUGACCAUGAACGAGAGCAGCUGCAAUUUGCAGCAUCAGUUCAAACAAGAGCCUUGUUAGAGAAAUCUACAUACGUUAUCACCCACUUUAUAAAUAUAUUAUUGUUGUACUCUUGUGCAUAGAAGGGAGUAAGCAGGCCCUGUGAGGGGAAUCAGAGACAUGGAGGAGGUUGAGGUGCUCAAGGUCUUUUGCUCCUCUUCACAGUCUGUGAUGUUAGAAAAUUAAUUAAACCACACAUGUAUGAUAUCACUACACUGACGCACACACAUAGCUAGAGACACAGAGUUCAGCUGUAGUAGGCCCCUUCCUUGAGAAGCUGAACUCUCCUGUAACUAGGGAACGCCCAAUAGCAAAUAAAGAGAGAGGUUUUUCGGAGAGCGUAUCCAGAGCGGUGUGGGAUGUAACUCUGGUGCGUCCCUCCGGUUCUCCU